UUUGCUGCAGAGAAAGAGGAGAGAGAGAGAGAGAGACAGAACCCAGUCUUCAGUCUCGAAACCUGGAAAAAUACACAAGCAAAAUUUCACUUUUUAAUCAGGCAUAGCUAUGGGAAUUAGACCGUCCGGCUACCAAAACCAAGCUCUCAUUCCUUACUAUCUAAAGCCAGUCCACUUCGCGACAUUGACUUUGAAAAACUGCCGUUGGAAGAAAUGUCAGUUUUAAAAAAAUAGUAUACAAUAACGGGGGUACUCUGUUGUUGCGGGCAAAAGGAUGCGCCUCAAAUCAAAGCCAGGAAAGGUAUUAUUAGCACAACUGUAGAAAUGGGCUAAUUUUGAUGCGUUUAUUAGUUAUUCAAAAACUGGGAAUAAUGGCAAAAAUUUUAAUGAGUCUGACGCUUUUCUUUGUGUUUAUUGGUAACGUUUCCGCUCAGAUUGAGCAAGCCUCCAAUGAAGCUGUAGUGUCCCUCCCUGCUGGAAAAUAUCAUCACACAGACCAGACAACUGGGGAGGAGCUGACAUGUGACAAAUGUCCUGCUGGGACCCACAUUUCCAGGCACUGCACAGAAACCAACUUGAGGGAGUGCAGCCCAUGUCGGAACGGGACCUACACUAAACAUGAAAAUGGAAUUGAACGAUGUCACCAAUGCAGGAAACCCUGCAAAGCACCCAUGAUUGAGAAAACAACUUGCACUGCCUUGUACGACCGUGAGUGUGUUUGUCCACCUGGCUUCUAUAUCGAUCAAGACACCUGCAAACACCACACGGAGUGCCCCAAAGGCUGGGGCGUCAGGAAGAAGGGAAGCGAGUUGGAAGAUGUCAAGUGUAGACAGUGCUCUCGGGGGACUUUUUCUGAUGUGCCUUCCAGUGUACUGAGGUGCAGGACCCAUACAAACUGCUCUGCACAGGGUCUUGUCGUCAUCACACUGGGAACUAGAGAAUCUGACAAUACCUGUGGUACUUCAUAUGCACUUUCUUCUACAACACUGGCUGAGGAAAUCCACAAGGUUUCAUCAGUUGCCUUUUCUGAAAAAAAUGAUUCAACAGCGGGUGCUCAUGCUAGUGCUAUAAAACCGACUUGGAUCAGCAUGGUAACAAAACCACUUCACAAAACGAAUGGCACCGCACCAAAUAACAGUGGGGCUUCUGCAGCCACAGAGCACUAUAGAGGAACAAAACCACCGCCAAGCCACCACAACCAACACCAGGAGCACCACAGCCACCUGUCCAUCACCAAGCUGCAGCCUGUAAUGGAAACAGUGGAGGACAUUGUGGUGCACGGCCCAGGCUUCAAACCUACAAGAAGGGGAUCCCCGAGACCAAGCUCGCACAAGCAUUUUGACAUUAAUGAGCACUUGCCCUGGAUGAUAGUCCUUUUCCUGCUGCUGAUGCUGGUGGUGAUUGUGGUCUGUAGCGUCAAGAAAAGCUCAAGGGUGCUAAAGAGGGGGCCCAAGCAGGACCCAAGCAGUAUUGUGGAAAAUGCGAUCCAGAAAAAGCCAAGUACUCCCACUCGGAAUAAAGAGAAGUGGAUAUACUAUUCCAAUGGACAAGGUGUAGACAUCCUUAAACUGGUGUCAGCACAGAUUGGUAGCCAGUGGAUAGAUAUGUACCAGUCUCUAGCCAAUGCAACAGAGAGGGAGGUGGCAGCUUUCUCUAAUGGGUACAAGGCAGAUCACGAGAGAGCGUAUGCAGCUUUACAGCACUGGACUAUAAGAGACCAAGAUGCCAAUCUUGCUAAACUCAUCAAUGCUCUACGAAGGCACAGGCGCAACGAUGUAGUGGAGAAGAUUCGGGGGGUGAUGGAGGAUAAUCCUCAGUUGGAUAUAAACAAGCUGAUUACAGCUGUGCAUGUGAACCAAUGCCACAGUCCCACCCACAAGCCUUCAGAGCCAGCUGGGGUUAUCAUAGAGCCUUCUCCGGGGGACAAGUCGAAAAGAUUCUUUGCUGAUGAAUCAGAACCUCUGCUGCGCUGUGACUCCACUUCCAGUAACAACUCGCCUCUUAGCAGGACAGGUUCAUUUAUUACCAAAGAAAAGAAAGAUACAGUAUUGCGACAGGUACGCCUGGACCCUUGCGAUCUGCAGCCAAUCUUCGAUGACAUGCUUCACGUUCUGAACCUAGAAGAGCUCCACGUGAUUGAUGAGAUCCCUCAGGCGGAGGACAAGCUGGAUAAACUCUUUGAGGUUGCUGGUGUGAAGAGCCAGGACGCCAGCCAAAAGCUCCUCGACUCUGUGUACAGCCACCUGCCUGAUCUGCUGUAAACACCCCGCCAGUAAACUGGGGCUUCACAUCACUUGUCACAGACUGGCGGAGUGACUAGCAUAAAAUGGGAAUGUUACAUGUAAAACCUCAACAGGUUAUGUGAGAUAAGGCCAGUAAAUGUCUUCUUGGUACAGCUGUUAUGCUGCAGUGUCCUUGAAAUACAUCAUGCUUUGGGUUCAAUAUAGCUUUGGAAAAUGUUCUCUUUAUUCAUGUCAUAACUUCUAUUAGCUUUUUCAUUCAUAAGAUAAUGCCUGCAUUUAUAUAUAUAUAUAUAUAUAUAUAUAUAUAUAUAUAUAUAUAUAUAUAUAUAUAUAUACAUUAUAUAUAUAUAUAUAUAAUAUACACAUUUAUUACAGUUCAUGUGUAAAAUCGGUAAAUCUAUAGAUUAACCAGUAAAUGUGUAGAUUUACAGCUCAGCGGUCAAUUUAUAAAAUAUCUAAGGAAAUGGUAGUAAACAAUCUCUUUUACUUACAUCCAUGAUCACCGUCUGGCAACCAUUCACAAUACAAAAUAAUGUUUUGCCGGCAAAAUGACGUAGCUUACUAUAUGAUUCUCACUAAAUGCAAAACAUGCGUGCACUUAGGUUAUGCUUUUUUCUAAAUGAGUUUGACUGAAUAAUACUAAAUCACGCUUAGUAGAAGCACGAGUAUUGCUGAAGAGAUGUCAGUAUUACCAUACCUAAUGUUUGCCCUAUGGUCAGUUUUGAUUUAAAAAAAUUAUUAUAAUAAACCGGGGAUAAAAUCAUUAGAAAUAAGACCAGAGAUCUGUCUCUAAUCAUGUCCGUAUAUAGGACAAGACAUCAAUGCGUGGUCUCUGCUAAAUACAUACAUUAUUAUUAGUAGUCGUAGUAGUAGUAUUACAGUCGCCACCACUUAGAACAGGUGCGUUUGUGUUAACAUGAUUCACCUGCAGUAAGCGAUGGAUGGUAUAAACUCCCACACAGUAACAAUAAUGUUCAAAAUGUCUUCCAAUCACCAGUACAGUAAUCAAAACAAACAAGCGUGUAUGCGGUUGAAAAUCUUUAUUAAGAUACUCAUUACACUAACAAUGAAUGUAAUAAAAAGUACAGUAAUCCAUCGCAUAUCCGACUGCGGUGGGACCAGAGUAAGGGCCGAUAUGUAAAAAGACGGAUAAAUGAAUCCUGUUUUAAAUACCAUUUUACACAGCUGUAACAAUUACUGUACUAUAUUAGUAUUGUUUUGAGAUUCAGCUUUUAUUAGGGAGCUCCCCUGAAUCCCUUGUUUAGAAAGAUACAGGUUAUUAAUGCUUGUAACAGAGUAGCUGUCUGCCGUGUGGAUGCAUGCAUUCACUGCUGAGUGACAGGCAGGAGAUCGAGACGGAGGUUGAAUUUGAUGCCCCCCGCAGCCGAACAUGAAUUAUUUAUAUAUUGUAACGCUGAGCUGCAGGGUUUCCAGGAUAUAAUGAGACAGACAAGUUGCAGUUCAAAGCAGUAGAAAACCGCUGUAUUUAUUAUUUUUUUAGCUUUUAGUGAACAAUGGCUCUCAUUCCUCUCUCACUUGCAAACCUCUCUUGACUCUCAAUUCUCCCGCUUCUCUUUCAAACUGUCAUCUCCACACACACACCCAAGUCCCUCCCCCUUCCUCACUCAUUGGUCCAACACUCCCUAUCUCUGACUGCUCGUGUCAGACCUGCUCCCACCCCCCUCAGUGAUGCACUCACACACAGGCAGUCUUUCAGCUCUAGUCACAAAAGCACCAAAACCCACAGAGAACGCUAACAGAUCUGAACAAGAAUAACACAGUUUAGAAACACACAGAGUACUCCCAUCCCCUUCCCCAGUCCAUAAUCAGGUCCAUUCUCACAUUGUCCCCAGCUUUUUGAAGCAACGUUGCAUUGUUUGCUGACUGACAGAGUUCCAAGCAUGCUUUACCAAGCCCAUAGCAUCUACCAGAGACAUUUUAUUUACACUGAAUUUUCGUGCUGAUGCUCAUCGCUUUUCUCUUUCCAGCCACGCUUGCUUACUGUUGCAGUCAGUGCUGUUUUUUCAAAAUGUAAACCUGACACUGCGUACAGGGAUUAAAUAGCCAAGAUACAGUACAGGGGUAAUUGCUCAGUAAUGAGGUGCAAACAGCUGAUUGAUCGAACAAGCUUUUACUACAGUGAAGUGCUGCCUUUUGUAUUGAAAUCUAUGUGAAUGGCAAUGUAACGAGGUGAAAACAGUAGUUUGCCCGAAAUAUACGGCGUGCUUAACGGUAUAAACAAUGCCUUUGUUAUUGAAAUCAAUGGGAACGGCAAAUGCUAUGUGUCUGAUAAUAUUGCAAGAAGGGAUGCAGUGAAGUUUAGAAAGAUUAAUCAAAUACAAAAAAGAGUUUUAGAAAAAUAAAUAAUACAUUUGUUAAUUUACUCAAGUACGUAACAGGUCUUACAGAAAUCUUUUUAUUUAUUUAUUUAUUUAUUUUUGCCAUUAAGCUCCCUGGUGUUACGAAUUCACCUUUAAUGUUGUAGCAUUCUAACUACCAUCUCCUUAGUUAUUUUAUACAUUGACCUCUGAGCUGGUAAAUCUACACAUAUACUGGUUAAUCUAUAGAUUUACAGAUUUUACACAUGAACCGUAACAUAUAUAUACCUACAGUAUGUUAAACAUUGAAGUUGGGAAAACAAAUUGGAAAGUUGGCUCUUUUGAGCACAAACUAUAAUAGAAUUUUUUUGAGUGUGUAUUUAAUUCAUUUUAAUGCUGACUGAUUACCUGUAUAUAAUGUAUGCACUUAUUUUAUAACUUCUUAAAAUGGUAUGGCAUUUUGCCAAAUCUGCUUUUAUUGUCCAUGUUUCUUUGCAGUGUUGUUAGCUUACUGUACAUAUUUGUGUGUUUUUUUUUUGUAAUGCAUAAUAUAUAUAUUUUUUUUAUUGUAAAUUCUAUGCUUAACAGAAGCAAUUAUUUGCACGAUUUAUUGGGAAUUGACGACUCAUUCUAAAGGUUCAUUGCUUGAGUUUACUAAUUUAUAUUCAAAUGUAACACUAUAAAGAUUCACGUUCAACAUGUACUCCUGGAAUUAGGUGGGCGCACUUGUUAAUUGUUUUAAAUGAAUGCACACCUGGCAGUUCCUUCAUUGUACUUCUUUAAAAUGGAAACGAUUUUAGAUAAUUAUGAAACAAGAACAGUGAUGAAGCUGUUUAUUCCUGGUAGAAACGCAAUAGGCUGUAUUUGCUUAACCAGUCAGGGUGAUAUAAGCCGGCUAUAUAUCGAGCUGCACUGGUGCUGGGCUUUAGAUACCCUGGUGGUACUGGUUUCAUUGUAAGAACAACUCUGAUAGUUUGUUAGAGAUUUUUUUUUAGUUUUCUUUUUUUUUACUAAUAUGGCCUGAAAUGGUAAGAAAGAAUUAUGUUAUGCAGACAAAUUUCUGUGGAAUUCAUUGAAGAUAGUUACAGAUUUGCCAUCUAGCCUGGCACUGACGUACUGAAGUAUAAAUGUGUUUCUUACUAAGAGUUGCUGAUGUUUGCCCCUUAUAUUCUGGUGGCUGUUUUAGUAUGUGACACUUGUAACCAAUAACUGUAUUACUAUUGUAACAUGUUGCAUCAAGCCAUUAAAGUUCAAACCUUUGUCAUAA